CAUCACACAGCAUUCUCCUCUCAGAAGGCCUGUCCGUACAGGGCCACACAUCAUACAAUCACAAGUCAACCGCAAUCGCCGCUAUCGCCUGUUUGAGCGUGGACCCAUCCCCGGUCGAGGCAGUGGGCGCAACAUAAUUGUUAUUCACAUAUCUCUAAAUCUGAUCCUAAAGGCUGUUCCGCGCUCCAAGAUGGCUGAGCUGAAUUUGGGGAAGGGGCUGACUGCGGGGAAGGUGGCCAGCAAUGUGCAAAAAAAACUGACCAGGGCCCAGGAAAAGGUUCUUCAGAAACUGGGAAAAGCAGAUGAGACCAAAGAUGUGGCGUUCGAGGAGGGGGUUAUCAAUUUCAACAAACAAUAUACCGAAGGCAGCAAGCUGCAGAGAGACCUGAGGGCUUAUCUGGAAGCAGUAAAAGCCAUGCAUGAGUCCUCCAGGAAUCUCCAGUCCUGUCUGGCGGACAUGUACGAGCCAGAGUGGGAGGGCAAGAAUGACGUGGACUCCGUGGUGGAGGACUGUGAUGUGCUGUGGACUGACUAUCACCAGAAGCUGGUUGACCAUGCUCUGAUCUCCAUGGACACCUACCUGGGCCAGUUUCCUGAUAUUAAGGCGCGUAUUGCUAAGAGGGACAGGAAACUGGUGGAUUUCGACAGCGCCAGACACAACUACUCAGCCACACACAAGAACAAGAAAAAGGAUGGCGGCAUCAAAAUCACCAAGCCCUCCACCCUGUUGGAGAGAGCCACCCCAGGGUGGGCCCAGGGUAUCCUGUCUGCUCACAACGUGGCCCAGAGCAGUCUUUCCAGAAGCCAGGCAGAGGAGGAGCUGGAGAGGGCGCAGAAAGUGUUUGAAGAGAUUAAUAUAGACCUGCAGGAGGAACUUCCAUCUCUCUGGAAUAGUCGCGUGGGCUUUUACGUCAGCACCUUCCAGAGUCUGGCUGGCUUCGAGGAGAAGUUCCACAAGGAAAUAGGCCGGCUGGAUCAGGACCUGAACGACACGUUGGUUGCUCUGGAGGGAUCAGACACCACAAGAAAGACAGGUAAACGCAGCGCGCCCUCCACCAGCGGACCGUCCCGGAGUGCCCCAGAACCAUCUAAUCACACUCUGAGGCCAGCAGGCCCACCCCCCAUACCAAAGUCUCCAUCCAAGCUGAGACCGACAGUUCCUCCCCCCCCUAAGGUGACCCCCUGCAAGGACAUGAAGACGGACAACAUCAUCAACCUUUUCGCCUCAGCCGCCGCGCCUGACAUCAGCAUCACCUCCCCCACCCAGUUUGACAGUCCCGCAGCAUUGAACGACCUGUUGGACAUGGACCUGGACUCUCUAAAUGCGGCCCCCACCCAAGUCUCUACUACGGCCACAAAGGAUGCAAACUGGGAUUCAUGGCGUGAGGAGGACAGUGGCUCCCAGGAGAAAGAGGAGCCCGUCCACUAUGACCCGGUGGCCGCUGCCUCCGAGGGCUGGGGCGACGACGGCUCCAAGCCCGUUCGCAUCGACCCAGUGGCCGCUGCCUCCGAGGGUUGGGGCGACGACGGCUCCAAGCCCGUCCGCAUCGACCCAGUGGCUGCUGCCCAGGAGGGCUGGGGCGACGACGGCACCAGGCCUGUCCGUGUCGACCCAGUGGCCGCUGCCCAGGAGGGCUGGGGCGACGAGGGGAGUAACCACAAGGGCGACGUGGCGGUCUCCCCCCCUGGCGAGGAGGACGAAGCCCUGGCCUCUUCUCCUGAAGCUGCCCAGGAUCUGAGCCCAGAGCAUGAAGAGCCGACGGCCGAAGCCCCCUGUGGCAGUGAGGAAGGCCAGAGUGACUCCUCUGCAGCCCAGGAGCCAGCAGCUGUAGCAGUGGAGGAGCCGGCCGCUGAAGAGGCUCCUCAGACCCCGGUGGCGGCCCUAGAACCUGCCGAGGUGCUUUCAGAGUCCCAGGACCUGCCCCCGGGCUUCCUGUUCAAGGUCCAGGUGAUGCAUGACUACGCUGCUAACGACUCUGAUGAGCUGGAGAUGAAGGCUGGAGAUGUUGUGCUAGUGAUCACCUUCACCACCCCAGAUGAACAGGACGAUGGCUGGUUGAUGGGCAUGAAGGAGGGCGAUUGGCGUCAGAGCAGAGACAACGCCGCAAAAGGGGUAUUCCCGGAGAACUUCACUCAGAGGCUGUGAAGAACGACACAAGCUCCUCCACCACCGUCCUCCUUUGGUUCCUCCAUCAUUCCUCCCUCUCGUUCUUCCUGUCUACUUCCCUGAUGUUUAUCUGUUAGGACAUCAUAGGCCAUACAAGCGGUUUGUGUCAGUCAGCCUUGGGUGAGAUCCUUGUAUUUCACCAGCUCUGGUACAUGACAAACCUAGACCUUCCCUUGGUUUGAGUUGGUACUUCUUUUCAUUUAAAAAAAGACGUUACUUGUCUGCUGAGGAAGGAAAGUCUUUAUCGUGUGCUGUUCUCCAACACAAGGAGUACAAUGAUGUUUUAUGUUUUGGACAGAUACAGAACUAAUGACUUCACAGACCGCUGCCCCUGACUGGGGCUCCGGCCUGUCCUGGAGAACACAUUCCAGUUGACUGGUUACAUACAAUUUGAAUUAAGAUCCAUCUCAGAUAAGUCUGAUUAAUUUGUACAAUAUUACCAAAUAUUAACCAAUAGCUUCCCAGCAAUGUUGAAGCCUGAAUACUUUCUUGACGGUCUGGCAAAAUUGGUCUCUGCAAUAUACAAUAUCUAUAUACAUAUGUUUCCAAUGGACGAAGAUAUCUUUUGAAUGCGUCAUCAAUACAAGUCAAUAGAAAUGGAGUAAGUGAAGUUAAAACCACCAGCUGUACCAAGUCAUCGCGAUGUGUUUCCUCUGGUUAACCAAUCACCAACCAGCAUUACUAACAUGCGGAUAGUUAGAAAACAACAUGUUACUGUAGCCUUGACGAUGGGUAUCAAAGUCUGCGAUUAACCUGACACACACACACACACACACACACACACAAACAUGCACGCAGACACAUGCACACACACACCAACACAAACACGCGCGAGCGCACACACACACACACACACACACGAACACACACACUGUGUC